AUGCCAAUGAAAGAUGAUGAGGACGAAGAGUCUAAAAACCAUGUUAAAAUCGAAACGACGAACGAUGUUGAAAUGGCCGUCGGUCAACAAUCCGAUGAUGGUGCUGGUAAUACCACCACUACUACCGAUCUGGCAGGUAUAGAUUUGAAAAGUGAAAACGAUGAUCAAAAUGAUCUUCAAAUGAAAGAGCCAGAAUCAUUCGAAGUUAAAGUAGAGGAAUUUGAAAUAACAAUCGAAACAAUUGUUCCACCCUUGGAAACGAUGACUGAAACGAGUGAAAUAAAAUCAUCAUCGAACAUAAGUGACGUAAAUGAUGAUGAUGAUAAUGAUGAAAAGCUGACAUCAGCGACGACUACGGAUGGUGUUAAUAAACAGCAACAAUCGUCUGAAUCGAAACCUAAACGACCUUUAAUUGUGCUUAAAAUGAAAAAUUCUACAUCCUCUACAUCAAUGUCAUCGAUUCCGCCAAUUGAUGAACAGCAGCCAACUAGUGAAUCGUCAAAUACUGGUAAUGUAUCCUCUACCAUCAAUAAUGAUAAUGAACAUUCCAGGGAUAAUCCAACUGAUAAUACUAUGGAUAAUGAUGAAAAAAUCAAAUCAGCAUCUGAAGAAGAGGAUAUGGACAACAACAACAAGGAUAUUCGUGUGAUGACUACAAUACCAGAUGCCAACAACGCUAGUGAUGUUUGCGAUGACCAUUGUGAUGAUAAUAGUGAUGAUGAUACAAGCAAAAAAACUAAUGAUGAUAGGGAUAAACUAUUAUCUAAUAAUAAAGUCCAAAAUAAUAAUGAUGAAACUACUACUACUACUGCUUCUACUACUACUACUGUUAGUGAUCAGAAUAUUCAUCAACCAUUGAUUGUUGAUGAUAAUGAUCAUAAUAAUAGUCAGGUAGAUCAUGAUCAUGAUGAUGAUCGUGUUUUUGUUGUUGAUGGUUCAAAUGAUGAUGAUGCUGAAUCUAUGGUGACUAUAAAAGAAUCAUCAAUGGAGACAGAUCAACAACAACAACUAGUGCAAUCAUUAGAUCCGAACGAUCCACAGGAUGAUGUUUCCAUCGAUAAAAGUCAACCGAUGAUGGUGGUGAAUGCAAAAUCGAAUAUCGAACCAGAUGAUGAUGACAACAAUUCUAAUAAUCUACAAGAACAAUCCGAAAUUGAACAACAACAACAACAACAACAGCAACAACAACAAGAACAAGAACAAUCAAAUUAUUAUACACGAGGUAAAGAAGUUUCAUCACUUUGUACCAUUAUGUAACAAUGUGAUGAUGAUGAUGAUGAUGAUGAUGAGAUGAUGAAGUUGUUGUUGUUAAUUGUGGAAUUCUAUCUUCAUCCAUUAAUCAUUUUCUUUUUUUGUUCAUUUUCAUUUCAUUUCAUCGUCGUCGUUACUCGUGUGUGUGU